GAUAAGCUAACUGAAAUGGUCUGGCCCGUGAGAAGCCAUCGGAAGUGAAGGUGGCUGUUUAAACGGCAGCCGCGGUGUUUCUAAUGUAUCCUCGGCCUGAGAUAAAGUUCAGAGGAGACACCAAUGCAGGCCGAGGUGUGGACUCACCCGAGUCAGCUCACCCUCAUCUGCUUGCGCAAGCUCAAUCAGUUAAAAGCAGAUCAAAGAUUAGAUGAAGAUGGUUGAUAUCGGGUAAGGUAAAUCCAUGUCCAGAAUACUUUACCCCGUUCUGACCAUGUCAAGAUGAAGUCAAAACUAACCAUAGCAACAAGAUUGAAAGACAAACAAGACGAAGGAGCUAAGCGGCUGCUUUUUCUGCAGCGUGUGGCUAUCAUCAUCAACGCCAUAUUUUGGGUGACUGGACCGGGUGUAACCGGGUUGGGCAUCUGGUUGUAUAUCGUGCUCGGCGUGUUUGAUCCUGUCAUCAAGAGGACGGAGUUCUCAGUCCCUGCUUAUCUCAUCACGACUGCUGGACUCAUUUCGGUCCUGGGUGGAAUUUUCGGCUGCAUCGGAACUGUGACAUUUAGCCGGCGAUUGCUGAUGAUUUAUUUUGGAAUGAUGUCGGUGGUUUGGACCAUGGAGGCCAUCUCAGCUGUUCUCUGCUUCCUUUCGUAUGACGAGGCAGUGGAUACAAUUCACAGAAUGAUCAACUACACGAUUCCUGGGCAGUACUGGACCAGUGCAGCCUUUACAUCCACGAUCGACCUUCUUCAAAGAGAGUUAUCUUGUUGUGGCGGCCAGAGUUUCCAAGACUGGACCACCAGUCCUCAUUACAUCACGACAGCAGAUGCAAAUGUCAAUAGUUCUCUCCAGACCUUGCCCCUGUCCUGCUGCCUACACAACCUGACACUCUGUAGACAGCUUGACGGAAUGGGGCAGCCGAUGUUUCCAGAACUUCUCCAUCAUUCGGGAUGCGCCACGAAGCUGGUGGAGAGGACAUGUCGCAUUCUUGCUAUAGCUGGCUGGACGGUGACAGGAACGGCUGGAAUGAUGCUCCUGGGCAUGUCUGCGGUCUGCUGUUUCAUCAAAUCAUUAAAGGACUUCUUUAGCUGACCGUCUCUGGAAUGUUUAAACUCCUAUUUUUUAAGCAGCACUAAAUGUUAUUUUCUUAAAAAUUUUCAUGGACGAAAAAAAAGUAGCACCUGUCCCCGGAUGACUAGCAAAAUUAUGGCACCUGUACUUAAUUACCCCUUUUGCUACUCAGGUAAGCAUAAAAAGUAGGGUGGGAAUCAUUUUGUUUGUUUAAUUUUACACAAGCGGUCUAGAAAGACAGUCCACACACAAGACAAAUUGUCGUUCGUGUAGUAGAAGGAAGCAGUUAACAUUCUGCCUCCGUCGGGAUCAGAGCGUCACCCUCAUACCCUAACGGCCAGUGACGUAACAUGCGGUUGCUUCGGUCCUUUGUUGCUCCACCCUGACCAGAAUGUUUCUUUACACGUUAUAUUCAUGUCUCCCUCCCGGAUGUUAGCCGCUUGCUGUCUCACCGGCCCUCCUCUAGCCGCGUCAGCUGGAUAAUUAAUAUUCACACUCCCGAAAAUGAAAACAAAUGAGCUUUGUGCACAAUUUUUGGAUGUUUGCUUUCUUGUACCAUCGUAGCAAUUCUUUUGACGCUUUUCCAAAGUGGUUCCUAAUCAUCCACGGGACUCAUUAUUGCUUUUUAUUUUCACCCAAUGCAAAACGUCAAUUACAAGUGUGUUUGUAUAUAUAGUUUUUUUGGUUUUGUUUUUAGAAUUCGAGUUUCAUUUUUCUUGACAUCUGUGACAUAAUAUCCACUGUAUAUAUCCAGUUCUAGACGGCUCGAGCAUUAAAUAAUUUAAUCACUAAAGCAGUGAGUGUUACUACAGGACUUAUAAAAAGAAUGUACCAGCCUCAUGAAAAGUCUGAA